AAGCUGUCUGGGGGAUUUUCAGUGGACACUACAGAUGAGAUGAUGACUAGUGGCAGCAAUGUACCUGAACGUAUUAAAGGUAAUGUGAAGAAAAGCUGGAAGCUGCAAGAUCUAAAUCCACUGCUAAAAAAAGGGAGAGGUAUGAAGCUGCCGGGGAGAUUUUCUGCGACCGCUCCGAAUGAGAUGAUGACUAGUGACAGCCAAGAACCUGAACAUUUUAAACUGAAUGUGAAGAAAAACUGGCUGCUGCAACAUCUGCAGUCACUGCUACAAAAAGGCAAAGAUAUGAACCUGCUGGGGAGAUUUUCUGCGACCGCUCCGAAUGAGAUGAUGACUAAUGACAGCCAAGUACCUGAACAUAUUAAACAGAACGUGAAGAAAAACUGGAUUCUGCAACAUCUGCAGUCACUGCUACAAAAAGGCAACGACCUAUGGAACUCCGAAAGCCCUCCGAUCACCGAAGCGCCAUAUCCGCCAAAGAGUACAGCAUUGUUCUUUGAUUACGCGGACACCGAUACUGAUAGGCUUGCUCAAAUUUCACGCUUCAUAGGUGAAACACCAAAACUAAAGCAGAAAGUUCCCCUGAACAUCAUAAUAAAGACUGUUCAGAUCAGUGUUGUGGUCUUACUUAUACUCCUUCUUAUAUUUCAAAUAGCCUUCUGGAGAUGUUGUCACUACCAAAUAAAGUAUAACAAAAGGAGCCUCCGUUAUAUGUCAUGGAGAUAACAAUCCGGUGCUGGAGACUGCCCUAUCCAACCGGCCGAAGUGUUUCUAUUUCCAGGACACAAACCUCUGCAAAAUGGAUGGUAGACAAUACUUAGUAGGAUCAUCAGCUGUGUGUUUCUGGUGUUAUG